UGAUAUACGUCACGGCGUGAGACUUCGCGUUGUCUCGCGAUAAUUCGGGAAGAGUACAGUUGCUGUUAUAACGCUCAAACAGACUCACUGAACUACUGUCUGACGAAACGAGGGUGAUGAAACAGGUCACCUGACUAAUGACGUUUCAAGGGGGGAACUUGAGGAAGCACGUUGUGAAGCUCUGGUAACUGAGCCGGCAGGACAUAUUGAAUACAUAUCAAGAAAAGAGAAACCAUGCCUGCAGACAUUAACAAAGGCAAGAAGGCAUUUGUCCAGAAGUGUGCCCAGUGCCAUACUGUGGAGAAUGGUGGAAAGCAUAAGGUUGGGCCCAACCUUUGGGGUCUGUUUGGACGCAAAACAGGCCAGGCAGAGGGCUACUCCUAUACUGAUGCCAACAAAAGCAAAGGCAUUACCUGGGAUGAGGACACCCUGAUGAUUUAUUUGGAGAACCCCAAGAAAUACAUUCCUGGAACAAAGAUGAUCUUCGCUGGCAUCAAAAAGAAGAAUGAACGAGCAGACCUGAUUGCAUAUCUUAAGUCUGCAACUUCAUAAAGUUGCAGACUGUUCAUCUGCGUAGCUUUGCCAAUUUCUGUGUCCUUACAAACUGCUCAAAAGGCCAGGGCUCGUCGUUCUUUCAAAAUCAGGAAAUCGGAAGGGCAAGCAAUCUGACUGGUGUUUGUGAUAUGUUCUUCACAGCUGUGCCUCUGUUUCUGAUAUGAUACUCCUUUUGUGGUGUAGUAAAUGAUCCCUGGUUUUAACAGGUUAUUUUUCUAACAUAAAUUAUUCAACCAUAUACUGUAUAUGGUGUAUUCAGAAUGUAGGGACCUGAAAGCUGUGUGUUAUGGUUGUUAAUUGUCUGUCAUCCAGUAUUUCUUGAGAAGAUUCUUGGUUUAUAAUCAAGUUGUCUUAAUAAUUGUUCCAAGCAUGAAUACAACUUAUCUGCUUCCAAUUUGAUGAUACCUAGAUACCUCUUUUGUCAUUUUUGAAUUUGCAAGUUGAAUAAAACUGACAAUAAUG